UCUUAAAUUGCUCUUUUUUCUUUUCCUCGUGCGGAAGCAAAGCAGGCAUUCGGGAGAAAUAGUGAAACAGCCCAGCCCUCACUUAUCUUGUUCGCAGAAAUAUGCCACCAACCUGGCGUGGCCUGUGGCCAGGCCAUGAUGGGACUCCGACGCCUCCGAGGUUCCUGAAGUUCAGGUCCUCCGAUGGCUUUAUCAUGUUCGUUGUGUCUUUUGCUGUGUUCACGGAUAUUCUUUUGUAUGGGCUAAUUGUCCCGGUUGCUCCCACGGCUCUUCAUGAAAGAGUGGGUUUGUCUGUUGAUGAAGAGCAAAGAUGGACGUCCAUCCUUCUAGCUCUAUACGGCGCAGCUUUACUAGCCACCUCGCCGGUUGCGGGCUACAUAGCGGACCGCUUUGACUCCCGCUACUGGCCCUUGAUCACCGGCCUGGUAGCUCUGGGGGCAUCGACCGCGUUGCUCUGCGUGGGGACGAACCUGACGCUCUGGAUCCUCGGCCGACUGUUUCAGGGCGCUUCUGCCGCUAUUGUCUGGACGGUGGGACUGGCGCUGAUGGUCGACACCGUCGGCCGGGACGGCCUCGGGCAGGCGAUGGGCUACAUCGGCAUGGGCCUGACCCUGGGCAUCAUGGGGGGCCCACUCCUCGGCGGCGUCAUCUACGGCCGCGGGGGUUACUACGCGGUCUUCGGGCUUGCUUUUGGCCUCGUCGGCGUGGAUAUUGUCCUCCGGUUGGUGAUGAUCGAAAAGAAGCAUGCCGUCAGAUGGCAGCAGCAGCAGCCACCGCCGCCGCCGCCGUCAAAAGACAAAGACGCAACCCAGAAAGAAGCCGACCAACCAUCCUCACCUUCCUCCGCCUCAUCAUCCGACACAAUCCCCGAAAAGGCCUCCGAUCUCGAGCAGCAACAGCAGCAGCACAUAAACCCCCCGCAACCCCAACAAAAACCAACGCAAGCCAACGCAAUCACGACCCUCCUCUCCUCCCCACGCAUGCUGGUCACCCUCUGGACAUACUUCAUCAUCUCCCUAGUCUUCAGCUCCUUCGACAGCGUGCUCCCGCUCUUCGUCGAAGACACCUUCGGCUGGGGCCAGCUGGGGCAAGGGCUGAUCUUCAUCCCGAUCUCGGUGCCGCACCUCCUCGACCCGGUGGUCGGAUACGUGAACGACAGGUUCCCCACGAUCCGCCGGUACCUGGCGGCGGGCGCGCUGGUCGCCACCGUGCCGGCCAUCGUCGCGAUGCGCUGCGUGACGGCCAACGCCCUCAACGACAAGGUGCUGCUCUGCGCGCUGCUGGCGCUGGUGGGCGCCUGCCUCGCCGCGCUCAUGCCCCCCGUCAUCGUCGAGGCCUCGUACGUCGUCCAGGAGAAGGAGGCGCGCAACCCCCACAUCUUCGGGAAAGGUGGCGCCAUGGCCCUGGCGUACGGCAUCCUCAACGUCGCCUUCGCCGCCGGCACCAUCGCCGGCCCCUUCUUCGCCGGCUUCAUUCGCCAGACUGCCGGCUGGGCCACCAUGACCUGGGCGCUGGCCCUGGUGACCGGCCUAUCGGCGGUUCCCGUCGUCUUGCUCCUGGGCGGGUUUCUGUUUCACAAAAAGAGGGGCAGCAGCGAGAAGAUGGAUGCCGGUGGUGGUGGCGGUGGUAGUGGCUCGAGCGAUUGAGAGAGCGGCUUCGAACAAAAUGUCUCUCAGAUGAUGCUUGUUAUAUACAUACAUUCCGGUAAGGACGAGGCGGCGGAUCUCACGACAUGU